CUGGGCCUGCGCGUGCUGCAGUCAGGGGUCACGGUGGCGUAGGCUGUGGCGGGAAACGCUGUUUGAAGCAGGAUGGAUGGCAAGCGGCAGCCAGGCCCAGGGCCCGGGGUGCCCCCGAAGCGGGCCCGUGGGGCCCUCUGCGAUGACGAUGAUGCUCCCCGGCCGUCGCAGCUGGAGGAGGAGCUGGCCUUGAUGGAGGAGCUGGAGGCUGAGCGCAGGCUGCAGGAGCAGGAGGAGGAGGAGCUGCAGCCUGCCCCCGAGGGGGCUGCCGAGGGGCUGUUCUCCCCGACAGCCGUCGAUCCCCGCUGGCUUCGACCUUCCCCUCCUGCCCUGGACCCCCUGACAGAACCCCUCAUCUUCCAGCAGUUGGAGAUUGACCAUUAUGUGGGUGCAGCUCGGCCCCUGCCGGGGGCGCCGCCAUCGCCCUGCAGCUCCGUGCCUGUGCUCCGAGCCUUCGGGGUCACAGACGAGGGCGUGUCCGUGUGCUGUCACAUCCACGGCUUUGCACCCUACUUCUACACCCCGGCCCCCCCUGGUUUUGGGCCUGAGCACCUGGACGACCUGCAGCGGGAGCUGAACGCAGCCAUCAGCCGGGACCAGCGCGGCGGGAAGGAGGUCUCGGGGCCCGCGCUGGGCACCCCCAGCUUUGCCCCCUACGAGGCCAACGUGGACUUUGAGAUCAGAUUCAUGGUGGACACGGACAUCGUCGGCUGCAACUGGCUGGAACUCCCAGCGGGGAAAUACUUCCUGCGGCCCACUGGGAAGGCCACGCUGUGUCAGCUGGAGGUGGACGUGUGGUGGUCGCACGUGGUCAGUCACCCGCCCGAAGGGCCGUGGCAGCGGAUCGCGCCCCUGCGGGUGCUCAGCUUCGACAUCGAGUGUGCUGGCCGCAAAGGCAUCUUCCCUGAGCCCGAGCGGGACCCCGUGAUCCAGAUCUGCUCUCUGGGCCUGCGCUGGGGCGAGCCGGAGCCCUUCCUGCGCCUGGCGCUCACCCUGCAGCCUUGCGCCCCCAUCCUGGGCGCCCAGGUGCUGAGCUACGAGCGGGAGGAGGAGCUGCUCCAGGCCUGGUCGACCUUCAUCCGCACCAUGGACCCCGAUGUGAUCACCGGCUACAACAUCCAGAACUUCGACCUGCCCUACCUCAUCGCCCGGGCCCAGACCCUCAAGGUGGACAAGUUCCCCUUCCUGGGCCGCGUGUCCAACCUCCGCUCCAACAUCCGGGACUCGUCCUUCCAGUCCAAGCAGACAGGACGGCGGGACAGCAAGGUGGUCAGCAUGGUGGGCCGCGUGCAGAUGGACAUGCUGCAGGUGCUGCUGCGCGAGCACAAGCUGCGCUCCUACACGCUCAACGCCGUGAGCUUCCACUUCCUGGGCGAGCAGAAGGAGGACGUGCAGCACAGCAUCAUCACCGACCUGCAGAACGGGAACGAGCAGACGCGCCGCCGCCUGGCGGUGUAUUGCCUCAAGGACGCCUACCUGCCGCUGCGGCUGCUGGAGCGGCUCAUGGUGCUGGUGAACGCCGUGGAGAUGGCGCGGGUCACCGGCGUGCCCCUGGGCUACCUGCUCAGCCGCGGCCAGCAGGUCAAGGUCGUGUCCCAGCUGCUGCGGCAGGCCAUGCGCGAGGGGCUGCUGAUGCCCGUGGUGAAGACGGAGGGCGGCGAGGACUACACGGGAGCCACCGUCAUCGAGCCCCUCAAAGGAUACUACGAUGUCCCCAUCACCACGCUGGACUUCUCCUCGCUGUACCCGUCCAUCAUGAUGGCCCACAACCUGUGCUACACCACGCUGCUGCGGCCCGGGGCUGCCCAGAAGCUGGGGCUCACAGAGGACCAGUUCAUCAAGACGCCCACGGGGGACGAGUUCGUGAAGGCGUCGGUGCGGAAGGGGCUGCUGCCCCAGAUCCUGGAGAACCUGCUCAGCGCGCGGAAGAGGGCCAAGGCCGAGCUGGCCAAGGAGACAGACCCCCUGCGGCGGCAGGUCCUGGACGGGCGGCAGCUGGCACUUAAAGUCAGCGCCAACUCGGUGUACGGCUUCACCGGUGCCCAGGUGGGCAAGCUGCCAUGCCUGGAGAUCUCACAGAGCGUCACCGGCUUCGGGCGCCAGAUGAUCGAGAAGACGAAGCAGCUGGUGGAGACCCACUACACAGUGGUGUACGGGGACACCGACUCCGUCAUGUGCCGAUUCGGGGUCACCUCUGUGGCCGAGGCGAUGGCCCUGGGCCGGGAGGCCGCGGACUGGGUGUCGGGCCGCUUCCCCGCCCCCAUCCGGCUGGAGUUUGAGAAGGUCUACUUCCCCUACCUGCUCAUCAGCAAGAAGCGCUACGCCGGCCUGCUCUUCUCCUCGCGGCCAGAGGCGCAUGACCGCAUGGACUGCAAGGGCCUGGAGGCCGUGCGGAGGGACAACUGCCCCCUGGUGGCCAAUCUGGUCACUGCCUCCUUGCGCCGCCUGCUCAUUGACCGAGACCCCGAGGGCGCCGUGGCGCAUGCGCAGGAAGUCAUCUCAGACCUGCUGUGCAACCGCAUCGACAUCUCCCAGCUGGUCAUCACCAAGGAGCUGACCCGCGCGGCCGCCGACUACGCCGGCAAGCAGGCCCACGUGGAGCUGGCCGAGAGGAUGAGGAAGCGGGACCCCGGGAGCGCCCCCAGCCUGGGCGACCGCGUACCCUACGUGAUCAUCAGCGCCGCCAAGGGCGUGGCCGCCUACAUGAAGUCGGAGGACCCCCUGUUCGUGCUGGAGCACAGCCUGCCCAUCGACACGCAGUACUACCUGGAGCAGCAGCUCGCCAAGCCGCUGCUGCGCAUCUUUGAGCCCAUCCUGGGGGAGGGCCGCGCGGAGGCCGUGCUGCUCCGGGGCGACCACACCCGCUGUAAGACGGUGCUCACGGGCAAGGUGGGCGGCCUGCUGGCCUUCGCCAAGCGCCGCAGCUGCUGCAUCGGCUGCCGCACUGUCCUCAGCCACCAGGGAGCUGUGUGCAAGUUCUGCCAGCCCCGGGAGUCCGAGCUGUACCAGAAGGAGGUGUCCCACCUGAAUGCCCUGGAGGAGCGCUUCUCCCGCCUCUGGACCCAGUGCCAGCGCUGCCAGGGCAGCCUGCACGAGGAUGUCAUCUGCACCAGCCGCGACUGCCCCAUCUUCUACAUGCGCAAGAAGGUGCGCAAGGACCUGGAGGACCAGGAGCAGCUUCUGCGGCGCUUCGGGCCCCCUGGGCCGGAGGCCUGGUGACCCCCGGCCUCACCUGCAGCAUCCCUGGGGGC